AUGGCGACAGUAGGAAGUCCUCCCAUUGGCAAAAGGCUCAUGGCCCAGGUCAUUGAUGGUCUGUCAGAGGCAGACCCAGAGCGUAAGGUGUGCGCUAUGCCAAAGAGCCCUGGCACACCUGACGACUAUGUGGAUUUGCGCGUGUGCAAACUUGCCCAGGCAGUCAAUUACACAGCCUGGUGGAUUGAGAAGCAGUUUGGAAAAGGGAGCUCGUUUAACGAGACCAUUGCUUAUAUUGGGGGGAACGACGUGAGGUAUCUGGUGAUGGUGGUCGCGUGUAACAAGACUGGCUAUAAGCCCCUGCUCUCGUCGACUCGGAAUUCCCACGCCGCACACGUUCGUCUCUUUGAAAUGACGGGCUGCGCCAAGCUUUGCUAUAGCUCUGAGAAGAAGCAAAACGCGGACGAGAUUUGUGCCGUUGCGUCUCAUGUUGCCAGCGUGGAAAUACCUUCAUUUACCGAUAUGAUAGCACAGGAAGUCAGUUUGUAUCCAUUCACGGGCACAAUCGAGGAGGUCAAGGAUAAAGUGGCAUUUAUAGCCCAUAGUUCUGGGACGACAGGCUUCCCCAAGCCGAUUCAGCUUACAUUUGGGUAUUUUGGAGCGUUGGACCAUGGAGCCUAUGUCCCUAUCCCACCAGGCCGCGUUGCUGGCGUCCCAGACCGGCUCAAACCAAACGAUCUCAUCCUUUCAACGACCCCGUUCUUCCAUCUAAUGGGGUUCUCACUUCUCAUUAUGGCUGUAUUCCAUGGAAUCCCCUGUGUGAUGCUCCCGGAUAAACCACUAUCAACAGACCUAGUGACAAGGGUCCUGACGACCACCAAGCCAACAGCAGCUCUCUUUCCUCCAUGUAUAUUGGAAGAUCUCUGUGCAGUCCCAGAAUCACGCAAGGCCCUUUCCCAACUGAACCGUGUCUAUUUCGGAGGUGGUCCACUCUCCCCAGAGGUCGGCCGGCAGGUCAGCGAGAUCACGCAGCUCGUCAGUUUCUUGGGAAUGACAGAGGGUGGCUUCGUGCUGUCCCUUCGGCCGGAGCAGAACGAGGACUGGUCCUACUUCGAGUGGAGCUCGACCUUUGGUAUAAAGAUGGAGCUUGUCGAGGGCGGGCUGCAUGAGAUGGUCAUCCACAGAACCGAGACCCCUGAGUGGCAGCCUAUCUUCCAUACAUUCCCUGAGCUGGACUGCUACCACACAAAAGACUUAUACUUGGCACAUCCGGAAAGACCGAACCUGUGGAGGUUUCACGGCCGGCUGGAUGAUGUGAUUGUGCUCAACAACGGGGAGAAGUUCAACCCAGUCACGAUGGAGAAGAUCAUUGAAGGCCAUCCGUUGGUGGCUAGGGCUGUCGUCGUGGGACUUGGAAGAUUCCAGACUGCCCUGCUAGUUGAGCCAAACUGGAGACAAGUUGAUUCGGAGGCGUAUUCAGAGGCUGAAUUCAUCGACAUCAUCUGGCCGACAGUGCAAGAGGGGAAUCACAUCAGCCCGGCACAUGGCCACGUCCUCAAGAACAAAAUCGCCCUGGCGUCUCAAGAAAAGCCAUUUGCUACAACUCCCAAAGGAAGUACGCAGCGAAGGCUUGUAGCGGACAGCUAUAAGGAGGAAAUCGAUGCUCUCUACGCACGGUCUGAUGUAGAAGACCUUCCAUUCGUCCUUCCGCCGUCGCCCACCAUGCAAGAUAUCGUUUCGUUUGUGCGAAGCCUCGUAAUGCAUAUCUCAGGUGUCAGCUCCUGCGAGGAUGAUGACGAUCUCUACAAUGCUGGACUUGACUCCCUGCGCACCAUCCAGCUGGCAUCCGCUCUGAAGGCCAUUGGGCUCCAGGAUAUCACUCCCCAAAUGGUCUACGUGCAUCCCAGCAUUGGCAAGCUUGCUACUCUCAUUUAUGGCCUGCUCUAUGGGGCCGGGAACGGAGAGACUUUGUCGAGACGUGAAAGAAUAGAUGGGCUAGUCGCAGAGUACACAGGAAGCCUUCCUCAGCAAGAUCACGUCCAGAACAUAUGCCGUGACACAGACACACUCACGGUGAUAUUGACCGGAUCUACUGGAUCACUGGGCAGCUACCUGCUCGACUCUCUGCGCUCAGAUCCAUCCAUCGGCAAGAUAUACUGCCUAACACGCGACGGCAACCCCGAGACACAAGCCCAAGCCCUACAAAAUCGGGGCCUGGACCGAGCCAUUCCUAACAAGGUUGAACUCGUCCGGACAUCCCUAGGCGAGCACCACCUCGGUAUCGAAGAUACAAAAUAUCAGGAGAUGCUACAGUCAGUAGACACAAUCAUCCACAACGCCUGGCGAAUGGACUUCAACAUCCCCGUCGAGUCAUUCGAGCCAGUCCAUAUCCGCGCAGUGCACAGCCUGGUCGAAUUCUGUGCCCAGAGCGCCCACCGAGCGCACCUCCAUUUCCUAUCCUCCAUUGGCGCUGUUGGAGGAUGGUCCACAUCUGCACUGACAACUGAGUCUGAAGGUUCUAUUCCCGAACUCCCAUUUGACGACUGCGAUGUGACUCUCCGUCAGGGAUAUAGCGAGGCAAAGCAUAUCUGUGAGCGUAUCUGUCUGGCUGCGUCUGAGAAGUCCGGGGUCCCGACGAGCGUCCAUCGUGUAGGACAGAUCGCGGGCUCGUCUGGUGGGAGUGGAUAUUGGAAUAGGAGUGAAUGGCUCCCUGCUCUUAUUGCUACGUCCAAGUAUAUUGGAAAGGUUCCAUCCAGCUUGGGGGCUUUUGCGGUUGAUUGGGUUCCUGUGGAUUUACUCGCGAAGAUGAUCGUGGACAUCGUCCAUUCCCGCAGUAAGAAAGAGAAUGAAUCUCCAUUUGGCGUCUUCCAUCUAGUAAAUCCCACCUCCACAUCGUGGGAAAGUCUCCUCCCGGCAAUUCACGCCAUGUAUAGCCAUGAAAACGGAUUAGAGACAGUGAGCAUGGAGUCUUGGGUGCAGGAACUGCAUCAGAUCAAGUAUCCCAGUGCAGAAGACCUUGACAGCAAGCCAGCACUAAAGCUAAUGCCAUUCUAUGAGAGUCUCGUUGCAGGCGGAGGUCUGGCCGCACUUUCUGUGUCCCUUGAUGUGAGAAAUACAAAUGCUGCCAGCGCCACCAUGAGAGCCCUUCCUCAAAUCUCGCCAGAUAUGAUGGCCACUUGGCUCAAUCAAUGGGGAUUCUAA